AUGGAUGAAGCUGUCUCUUAUCAAUUCGCUCAAGUGAAGCAGCGACGUGACGGACGACAUGAAAUCGACUAUGAACUUAUCUUACGGCAGCAACCUAAACAAUCGAGGAUGUGUGGUAUUGGUGAGAAAGCUGAUAGAAGGCCAAUCGAUCCGCCUCCAAUAAUUCAGCUCAAAGUGUAUGAUGCCAACAUAGCACAAACAGAAAAAAGCAAUUCAUUUCUCCAAAAUCCAUACUUUUUUAUGUACGCCUCGCUGGUGGCUUCCGAUAGCGAUGAAGAAUUACAUUUGCUUCGUGAUAAGAAAACUCGUUCUACCACCGGUUCGGUGGUUUCGUCCCUUUACCAUUUAAAAGAUAUUGAUAAUUCGGAUGCAGGCUUUUUUGUAUUUCCUGAUUUGUCGGUACGCAUGGAAGGAACAUAUCGAUUGAAAUUAAGUCUAUUCGAGAUAAUUGGUCACGGCCCUCCCAGGCGAGAAGUAUUUCAUUGUAAAUCGAUAUUUUCCGACGUUUUCACUGUAUAUUCGGCAAAAAGGUUUCCCGGUAUGGAAGAGUCAACAUUUCUAUCGCGUUCCUUUGCUGACCAAGGCUUGAAAAUUCGGAUACGAAAAGAAAUCAGAAUUCGCAGAAGAAUUCAAAAAAGAAAAGAAAUAGAACCAGCGGAGAAUGCCGAAAGUAGCCAAGCAAAAAGACCCCGUGGUGAGGGUGACGCUGAGGAAGAUACCGAGUCGACUGAUGAAGAUAUGCAUGAACAGCCGAGCCCAGAAGAUAGUCAAUUAAAAAUUAUCACAGAAACUUCAUCAUCUAAUGAAAAGAAAAUGAAAGAGCAAUCAAGUCAUAAUAGUCCUUCUCCUCGAGCGCGUGGACCUUACGAUCAUAUGCCACCGCCUCAUCCAUAUGACCCGGCAGCUGCCAUGUAUGGAGCAGGUUAUGGAAGACCUCAUCCUUGGCAUGAUCGUGAUUAUAUGGGAGAACAUCCGCCACCACAUUAUCCACCUUAUUAUGAUCCAUACGAAAGACAUUAUAUGUAUAAUCCGUAUCCAUAUUAUCCUCCAAUUCCUCCUAUAACUGAAGGCUCUGAACAUCAUCGUUAUCCAUACCCUCACCAUCUUUAUGCAAGGCCACCAAUGUAUACGAAUUAUUAUGAUUCAUCGAGGAUACAACAUUCAACAUCUGAUUCACCGAAUAAUAGUAAAUCUCCUUACCCUUACGACGCAACAAAUCCAUACUCUGGUUACCCGCGUGUUCCAGGUCCAUGGGCACAUUAUGGUGAACGAUCUUCUUCAAAAGAAGAUCCCACAUUACCUCGUUUUCGUGCUGCCGGACCUUUAACUUCCCGUCCGGUACCUGCAAUGUAUCCAUAUCAUCCAGAAUAUUACGGUCCAGCUUAUUUACCACCAUUACCUCUUUCAAUGCCGCCUCAUGGUUCACCCACUAAAACGGAAUAUGGAAACCAAUCGAAUGAGCACAAUUUUGGUGUUUCUCCGGGCAGUUCAAUGCCAGCGAAAAUACCGAUACAAAAUUUAAUAGAAUCUCCAGAAAAUAGCUCUCAAAAUAAUGAUCACAGUAUUACUAAUAGUAAAUCCUCGCCACGAUCAUAUGGACCUCCGCCAGCUGGUUAUAUUCAUCCGCAUCCGCAUUAUGCACCAUCACGAAUGCCAGAUUAUCCGCCACAAUAUCCUCCGCGAAUGCCUUAUGAAUCUUCGUAUUCAAUUCCUUCUGAAUUUCCUUCCCACUAUCUAUAUCAUGCCCCCACGAAAAAUACUACAAGCACACGUAAAAGUCCAAACAAAAAGUCAUCAUUAUCACCGCAGCUUUCUUCCGAAACACCUGCAAAACAUAUUGAAGAAUCAUCCGUUACGAAUAUGGCUUCAUCUGGGUCGGAUCCACAGCAGCAAAAUGAAAUGCCUAGUCGACAAGUGGGAUCCAAACAAGGCACGGUUGAAUAUGGAACUGGUAAUCCUUUUGAUAGUUCGAAUCGUCAAGGUUUUCAAGGUGAGACUUUUCCCGUUAACCCAGAAGCAAGUACAUCAACAUCCACUCCAUAUAGCAACACAUUAAUUCCAAGUGCAAGACGUCAGUCAGUCCCAAUACCUUCAUUAAACCCUUUGAGCCUGAACGAUCACCCUGUAACCGGUACACCUACCGGAUCAACAACACCAAUUCGUGGAUCCUUGAAUGCAAAUAACACGCCAACACAUAUGUCGACUAGUAAUAUUAGCAGUAAUACCAGCGGUGGAAAUCCAAGCACUUUUGGAUUAGAUAGUUCUCUUUCAUCAAGACGUCUAGACAUAAUAGAUACUGAUAAGAAUUCCGUUAAAAUGAUAGAUUCUCUUCAAAGGGUGAAAUGGAAAAAUACGCACAUGAAGAACGGUGAUUUUGACGGAGUUCGUAAAAAUCAAAAACAUUAUAUCUUAAAGAAAAAUUUUCUGUGA